AGGCCUGAGCCGGGAUCCGGCCGAGCAUCUCCACCCGUUCCGCGGCUGGAGAGAGGGGCGCGGUGGCUCAGCGCCGACGCUUGGCCGGCAGCCCGUGGGCACAGCGCCCGUCUGGCGGGUCCCGCCCCUGUAGGGACGUAGGGACCGCCCGCCCGUCCGCCCAGUACCCUCGUGCGCAGUCCUGCCGCGCACAGUGCCCUCGAGCCCCGGUCCUCCUGCGCCUGGUCUCCCAGCGCCUCUUCUUCCUGCGCAGCGUCCUCUGAGCGCACCCGCAGCCAUGGCCGCCUCCUCCGCGCAGCCCGCAGUCCUGGUCAUGACCGCUCUGGCGCUGCUCUUGCUGCUGUGCCUGGGCCCAGGUGGCACAAGUGGAAACAAACUCAAGCUGAUGCUUCAGAAACGCAAAGCUUCUGCUCCAUCUGAGACCCCAGUGGCUGUCCGCGAGAGCAAGGCCAAGGAGUUCCUAAGCAGCCUGCGGCGCCAGAAGCGUCAGCUGUGGGACCGCACGCGCCCGGAGGUGCAGCAGUGGUAUCAGCACUUCCUGUACCUGGGCUUCAACGAAGCGAAAUUCGAGGAUGACAUCACCUACUGGCUCAAUAGAGACCGCAAUGGGGACGACGACUACGAUCACUACCAGCGGCACUAUGACGAGGAUGCGGCCAUCGGUCCCCGGAGCCCCCACAGCUUCAGGUAUGGGGCCAGCGUCAACUACGACGACUACUGACCAGCAUGUGCGCCCCGCACAACGCCUGGGGCCCCGUCUGCUGUGCCUCGUCUCAGCUGGCCUUCCUUCCCCACUUUCUGCGGCCAGAAUGGAAGCAUUCAAAGAAUAUACCUGCCUUCAGAAAGUUCAUGCAAGUACCCAACCGCGCAUGUCACUGAAAAAGUAGAAAUAAAAGCAUUUUGUUAAAAAGUC